UUCAAAACCGCCAUGGCCGACACCGCUGUACCCGCCGCCACUCCCGCUCCUGCGAGCCCCACCAAGGCUAAAAAGCCAAAGGCCCCAAAGGCCGCUGGCGCCAAGAAGGUUGUUCCCGCGCACCCUCCGACGGCCCAGAUGGUCAACGCAGCCAUCAAGAACCUGAAAGAACGUGGAGGUUCCUCUCUGCAGGCGAUCAAGAAGUAUAUUGCUGCUACUUACAAGAUCGACGCCGAGAAGCUCGCACCCUUCAUCCGUAAGUACCUGAAGUCUGCCGUCACCGACGGAAAGUUGGUGCAGACCAAGGGUAAGGGUGCAUCCGGCUCCUUCAAGUUGAGCGCCACCGCCGCCGCCCCUCAGAAGGAGAAGGUGGUCAAGCCCAAGAAGCCUGUAAGCGAGAAGAAAGUCAAAAAAGAAGUUGCCAAGCCAAAGAAAGCCACUGGAGUGAAGAAAGUCGCCAAGCCCAAGAAGGCCGUGGCCGAGAAGAAGGUCGCAAAGAAGCCCGCUGCCUUGAAGAAGACGAAGUCGCCAAAGAAGGAAAAGAAGCCGAAGGCCGCCGCCGCCAAGCCCAAGACCCCUAAGGCUAAGAAGGUCGCUGCCAAGAAGCCCGCCGCGAAGAAGGCUGCCCCUAAGAAGGCUGCCGCCAAAAAGGCCUAAGUCUACAACUUCAUCUUCUGGGUUUCACCCAACCAGCCCUUUUCAGGGCUACCAAAUCUUUUUGUGUAAAGCCCGAAAGCAAUUCAAAAACUCAUUUUUAAUAGUUCAUUCCACUCAGUCUCAUUCCUUGGGUGGUUACGGUAUGUAGGUGCUCAUUUUUAAGUUCCUCUGUGAUUAAUCGCUCUAACUCGUUCCUUUCCAGGCAUCUAUGCUAUACCUUAAAGGUAUGAAAUCCUUUAAUCAAAUAAACACAUGAAAAGGUAAUUGAAUUUAAGCAAGGAUUCUCCGCUUUUAAUGGGAAAUAUGCUCCUCGAAAAAUAUUCGACGCUGAUUGGCUGCCCCAGUAUAGCAAAUUGCGCGGGAACUGCUGGCAUGUUCUGCAACUAAUUGCAAAAUGAUUAGUUCUGAAUUUCCUCACUAAUAAUGGUAAAUCAAGCAGGGAGUCACGGUCCUCUUAAUUUCUAAGAAUUUUGUCACAAUUCACGCUCCAUGAUUGGUCGAUUUAGCUGCACACUCACAUAGAGCGUCCGUGAGCAAGCUAAGACGUUCAGCAUGCACUGGCAGGUGGCAGGUCGAAAGCUUUUUCAGCCAAUCAGAGGACGUCUA